AUGUCGGCAAGAAUGCAGCAGGGCGGCCGGCCUGGAGGCACUCGGUUCGCUCAGUUCAAGCUGGUGCUGCUCGGUGAAUCUGCCGUAGGAAAGUCGUCGCUAGUACUGCGCUUUGUCAAAGACCAAUUCGACGACUAUCGGGAGUCCACCAUUGGCGCCGCCUUCCUCACCCAGACCAUCGCCCUCGACGAAUCCACCACGGUCAAAUUUGAGAUUUGGGAUACUGCAGGCCAGGAACGGUACAAGUCGCUCGCGCCCAUGUACUACAGGAAUGCCAACUGUGCCGUUGUCGUCUACGACAUCACCCAAGCUUCGUCUCUAGACAAGGCAAAAGCCUGGGUAAAGGAACUCCAGCGCCAGGCCAAUGAGAACAUCAUUAUCGCCCUCGCCGGUAACAAGCUCGAUCUCGUCACCGAAUCUCCUGAUAAGCGCGCCAUCACAACGGCCGAUGCCGAACAAUACGCAAAGGAGGCUGGAUUGCUGUUCUUCGAGACGUCUGCAAAAACCAGCGAGAAUGUACGAGACCUAUUCACUGCAAUCGCGAAGAAGCUCCCCCUCGACCAAGCCGGUCCUCGAAACUUGAGGCCAGGCCAACAGCGACAGGGCGUCAAUUUGAGGCCAGAGGCAAGAGAAACACAGGGACCGGGCGGCUGCAAUUGCUAG